UAAGGAUUCUUCCGGUGUGAGUGUAGGGAUCUCGCGCUAUAUAAGAGAGCCGGGCCGGGCGCCGGGUCCUCUCUCGGGUCCUCGCUUCCAAGAUGACCAAGAAAAGAAGGAACAACGGUCGUGCCAAAAAAGGCCGCGGCCAUGUGCAGCCUAUUCGUUGCACCAACUGCGCCCGAUGCGUGCCCAAGGACAAGGCCAUUAAGAAGUUCGUCAUUCGAAACAUAGUAGAGGCCGCAGCCGUUAGGGACAUUUCCGAAGCGAGUGUCUUCGACGCCUAUGUGCUUCCCAAGCUGUAUGUGAAACUACAUUACUGUGUGAGCUGUGCCAUUCAUAGCAAGGUAGUCAGGAAUCGUUCUCGCGAAGCCCGGAAGGACCGAACACCCCCACCUCGGUUUAGACCUGCGGGUGCUGCCCCACGACCUCCACCAAAGCCCAUGUAAGAAGCUAAGUUCUUGAUGACUUAAGAAAAGUUCUCUGGAAAAAAAUAAAUGGAAAUUGUACUU